AAUGGAGCGAGGCGUUGUUGCGAGGAUGCGCCGCCAUCUUGGGGCUGCUGGGACUCGCGUCGGUUGGCGACUCCCGGAGAUAGGUAGUUUGUUGGGCCGGGUUGUGAGGCCUUGCUUCUCUUUACUUUUCCACUCUAGGCCACGAUGCCGCAGUACCAGACCUGGGAGGAGUUCAGCCGCGCUGCCGAGAAGCUUUACCUCGCUGACCCUAUGAAGGCACGUGUGGUUCUCAAAUAUAGGCAUUCUGAUGGGAACUUGUGUGUUAAAGUAACAGAUGAUUUAGUUUGUUUGGUGUAUAAAACAGACCAAGCUCAAGAUGUAAAGAAGAUUGAGAAAUUCCACAGUCAACUAAUGCGACUUAUGGUAGCCAAGGAAGCCCGCAAUGUUACCAUGGAAACUGAGUGAAUGGUUUGAAAUGAAGACUUUGUCGUUUACUUAGGAAGUAAAUAUCUUUUGAAUUAGAGAAAGUGUUGGGACAGAAAGUACUUCAUGUAACUAAGUGGACUACUCAGAAGCUUAGAGGUCAUUUUUUGUAAUUUUCUUUUUAAUGUUUACUUUAGAGAGCUAGGGAUGCAAAUGUUUUCAGUUAGAAAGCCUUUAUUUACUUUUGGAAAUUGAACAAGAAAUGCAUCUGUCUUGGAAACUGGAGAUUAUUGGAUGUUAGGUAAAACAUGUAAUUGUUUCUCUGGCAAAUUUGUAUCAGUAAUUUGAAAAUGAGAUAUUAGGAAAAACCAAUUCUUCUUAAAUUUAGUUCAUCUUUCUUUAAAAGAGCAUUAAAUGUAACCAUUUUGUGGGAUCGAUUUAUUUCUUUUGGAGCAUAAAAUGUAUGCUGUUGUCACCAAUAAAUAUAAAAUAUGGUAAUUGGAAUUAACUCCACACCAUAAUAUGCAGUUAUGCAUACUGUGCACCUAAUUAUGUAUAGCAGUGUAGUCUCAAUUAUAUCUAAAAGUAAUUGUGACUAACAAGUAUGCUUUGCCUUAUUUCCACAUUUAAACUACCUUUUAAUAUAAGGGAUUUGUAGUAUCAGCUUGUUGAGCAAUGACUUUGAAUCUAGCUUUCUGUGAUCAGAAGCAGCAGUUAUUUGAGUGCAUGAAUGGAAUGAUGAUCACUGUACUAUAAUGUACUGAAACCACCAUAUUACAGAAAUAUUUACUACAUAUUUUCCAUCUGUAGUUUCUCAGAAGGGCUAUGGAUUAGUUGAACUGUCAAAUCCUUGCAUACUUCUGUGACACCCCUGCCCAUUUUCUGUCUUUAAUUAACCAAGGUGUUAGGUGUGACUGUCAGAACUGUUAUGUUUUCCAGUAAACUAGAAGUAUGAUAUUAUUUGAUAAUUAUAUUUGUAUCCUAAAUUUCACCACCCAAAUGUAAUGUUGAUUCCUCAAGAAUGAAAUGAAGGCACUACAUUGAAAUAUGUUUUGUAUAAAUUUGUCAUGUUGAACAACAUUUUAGGAUGGUAAGUUCCCUUAGCUAUAUGAAUUUUGGCAUGUUUCAGAGAGAUCAGUAAAUAAAAUAUUAGAUAAAAUAUA